AUGUCUGCCCGAGCCACUUCCACACUCCGCGCCGUGCUCCGCACACGAGUCGCAGCCCGAUCCUACGCUACCUCAGUCACAGGGUACGGGCGCGAAGUCGAAGGAUUCGUCGGGGCUGUCGGCAACACCCCGCUUAUCCGGCUUAACCGACUGUCCGAGGAGACGGGAUGCAACAUCCUUGCCAAGGCAGAAUUCAUGUCCCCCGGGGGGUCGGUCAAGGACCGGGCGGCGCUGUACCUUGUUAAGGAUGCAGAGGCGCAGGGGCUGAUCCGGCCAGGCGGGACGGUCGUUGAGGGGACAGCGGGGAAUACGGGGAUUGGGCUGGCGCAUGUCUGUCGGAGUAAAGGGUAUCAGUGUGUCAUCUACAUGCCGGACACGCAGAGUCAGGAGAAGAUUGAUCUCUUGAGGAUGCUGGGUGCGGACGUACGGCCUGUUCCUGCUGUCGCAUUCGACAACCCCCAGAACUACAACCACCAAGCCAAGCGCUACGCCGAGUCCCUGGACAACGCAGUCUGGACAAACCAGUUCGACAACACCGCGAACCGGGAAGCUCACAUCCUCACUACCGGUCCGGAAAUCUGGGAGCAGACCGACGGCGGGAAGCUGGACGCCUUUAUCUGCGCCACCGGGACCGGAGGGACACUGGCUGGUGUGACGCGGUACCUCACGGAGAAGAGUAACGGGCGGGUUCAGGGGUGGUUGGCCGACCCGCCAGGAAGUGUGCUAUAUCACUUGGUGGAGAAUGGGAAGAUUGCGAGGGAAGGGAAUGGGUCAAUCACUGAGGGUAUUGGACAAGGCCGAGUCACCAACAACCUCAAGGGCGACAUCUCCCUCGUCACCGGAGCGAUCCACGUUCCUGAUUCCGCCUCUAUCAACAUGGUCUACCGCCUGCUGCAUGAGGAAGGGAUCUAUGUCGGCGCGUCUUCGGCGCUGAAUGUAUGGGCGGCGUCGGAGCUGGCGAGGAAGAUGGGCAAGGGAAAGACGAUUGUGACGAUUCUGUGUGAUGGGGCUUAUCGAUACCAGGCUCGUCUGUUCUCGCGGGUAUGGCUCGAGAGCAAGGGGCUCCUCCAGCACAUCCCGGAGCACUUGCAAAAGUACGUUGUGCUGCCAUGA